AUGAGGCUCAUCAACAUUAAAACGAAGCGCCUGGAGGAGUUCGUCAGUGAAGUCCCGCGGUACGCCAUACUUUCUCACACGUGGGGAGAUGAGGAGGUUAUUUACCAGGAUUUCACACACCUGAGCGAUGAGGCAAGAGGUCAAAAGAAGGGGUUUGCGAAAAUUCUCAAAACGUGCGAAUUGGCACAGAAAUGCGGUCUCAAAUAUGCCUGGGUCGACACUUGCUGUAUAGACAAGUCGAGCAGUGCGGAGUUGAGUGAGGCCAUCAACUCCAUGUUUCGCUGGUAUCGCAAGGCCGUCGUUUGCUUUGCUUGGCUUACGGAUUUGGUACCUGAUGAUUCAUCUGAGCCAGACACUGCGGCCUUGAAAAACUGCCGAUGGUUUACACGGGGAUGGACCCUACAAGAGCUAAUUGCGCCACGGAUGGUGGAAUUUUACGAUGCAGGUUGGAACCUCCGGGGCACCAAAUCCAGUUUAAAACAUCUUUUGACAGACAUCACGAAAAUUCCGGGCAAUGUACUUGAGUCACCGGAAUCGCUACACACCUUAUCCGUGGCUCGACGAAUGUCUUGGGUGUCUGAGAGGAAAACAACGCGCACGGAAGAUAUGGCGUACUGCUUGCUGGGGAUUUUUGACGUCAACAUGCCGCUAUUGUAUGGAGAAGGCGAGCGUGCAUUUUUGAGACUGCAAGAAGAAAUCUCAAACUCUAUCAAUGAUCUCAGUAUCCUCGCUUGGAGGAAGACGAAAUCUGAACAGACGUAUCACGGCGUGUACGCCACGAGCCCUACCGAUUUCCGAGACUCGGGAACAGUCGAACUAGUUAGCAGUACCAUGUUCAUGCCGGAGUUUCUGAGAAGUAACAAGGGCCUCCGAAUCCACACAAGCAUUUAUCAUGGAUCGCAGCAAGCUUAUAUUCUCAAGUUGCAAUGUGUGGAGAUGACUGGCAAUGAGAGGAGGCAAAUUGGCAUCUGGAUCAAACCGCACGGCGGUGCGGUUUACAGUCGAAUACGGGCAUCUGAAUUCGGGACGGAAUCGCUCCAAGACACCUCCAGCGUGCAAUUACUUUUCCUCUUCAGAUACAUCAGUCCUACUCGUUCACGAGAACUCCAAGGCAGCCAUAGCAACGCGCUCAUGAUUCGCAAGGGAAUCAACACCAAGACUCGCGUCACUGACGAAAGCUUCCCCUUUGAAGUCACAAUGUGGCUUCCUCAAGAUGAAUGGGACUCACAGCGCAGUAUGUUUAUGAAUGAUGGAGCGGCUGAGUUCGCUGCCUACGGCUACUUCAACUGGCGGCAAGAUGUCGAGCCCACUGAUGACAUGCACAAAGGCCACAGCUUCAUGCUUAUCCUUGGUAAGUUAGCAGACGAGGGCGAACCAUGGAUCAGCCUGGCCUCUUUCGAUGACACCUCGAAGAAUCUCACGGCACACAUGGGUGAUGCCAAGAAAAUGGUGACUGCUUCGAGAAAAUAUGAGCAGGAGCGGGUGGUGAUGUUGAGGGAUAUCUGGAGGAAUGUUUGCAAAGCAGUUUACGUGUCGCUAGAGAAGGCGAGAGUUGAUGGGGAGGAAGUGUAUUGCAUCGAUUUGACGUAUGGUGAUGCGCCGGAAGAGGCAAAAAAGGGCAAUACACAUGUGCCGGAGGCCACGCGCCUGGCAGCUAGACGGGCUCGAGCAACGUGA